AUAACAAACCCGUCUUCAAAAGUGUUUCGUGGAGUCCAAAACGUGACUUUUUUAUUUUUUAUAAAUUUUUUGACCGAGUAUUUGACUCACGUUUUUGUGUCAAAUACUUUUUUGUGGCGUCUUUUGUGUGAAUUUUAAGAAAUUUUAGACCAAAAACUUUUACGAUGAAACCUGAAAACGGCGAAAAUGCGGAAAAUGGCGAAAUUCUGACGAAUGGCGAUUCACACAUCGAGGGAUUCGGCAAAAAUUUGCUCAUUUUGAAGGCAAACGAUCAAAUUAAGGAGUUGCAGACAAUCAUUAGAGAUAAAACGACAACCCGGAGUGAUUUUAAAUUCUACGCCGAUCGAUUAAUUCGUCUCGUAAUUGAGGAAAGUUUGAAUCAACUUCCGUAUUCCGAGUGUUCUGUCGUGACGCCAACGGGUGCAAUUUACGAUGGUUUGCGGUACCGCAGCGGCAAUUGCGGCGUUUCCAUUGUUCGUUCGGGCGAAGCGAUGGAACAGGGACUCCGUGAAUGCUGUCGCUCGAUCCGAAUCGGGAAAAUUCUCAUCGAGUCAGACAACGAGACGCACGAAGCGAAAUGUAUUUAUGCGAGAUUCCCCGAGGACAUUGCUCAACGCAUGGUUUUGCUCAUGUAUCCGAUCAUGUCGACCGGAAAUACCGUCGUUAAGGCUGUCGAAGUAUUGAAAGAUCACGGAGUCGCUGAGGACUAUAUUAUUCUGUCAAAUCUGUUUUGCACGCCACAAGCAGCGCAUGUGGUCACCCAAGCGUUUCCUAACAUGAAAAUUCUGACGUCAGAAAUUCAUCCGCAUGCACCAAACCACUUUGGGCAACGAUAUUUUGAGUAAAAGUGUUUGCGUUGCAUUGCAUUAAAAAAAACUGUAGCUGUGUGUUGCCACUUAUUAUUAUUAUUAACUUUUAAAAAAUUUUUGCUUUUAUCAUUUUUCAUUAUAAUUUACUAAUUAAUUAAAAAUUUUCAUCAUCAAUUACUUACCUUAAUUUUUUUUAAUUUUAAUCUCAUUUUUUUUAUUUUUAUUUUUUUUUUAAAUAAAAUUGUAAUUUUUUUUCAUUUAAUUAUUAGUUUAUUUGCUUAAUUUUUUAUGAUUUUUUUUAAUAAUAAUAAUAAAUUUAUAUAAUAUAAUAAUAAAAUAUUUUAUAAAACAAGGAGAUUAGUGAUUAUAAAUGUUUUGUAAUAUUAAA